AUCACCACCAAAAAAGUGUCUUCAUUAUGACACUGCUAUUAAUCUCAAGAAGCCCGAGGAAAUUGUUAAGAAACAUUUUGGUGGCUUUCCUCGUCGUCUUUGCCUUACGACUAACGUCCCAGCAGCGUAGACCGGAGGGCGCGGCGAGCAGGAGCGGCCAAGCGACAGAGGAACCCGGAGUCGAAGUCAUCCGCCACCAACCGAUGGGCGGGCGGUGGGCCUCGGAGAUGGAGGACGUCACCCUCGAGUCGGUAGACCUCGAGGAAGUCGGCCUCAGGCUAGAGAAGCGAAGGUCGGAAAUCAGGCGUCGGUGCGAAACGUCCCUCUCGCCGGCGGAGCUGGCGGAGGCGCCCAACAGCAGGGAGUUCCUCAUCAACAGGGACUACGGCCUCGUGUGGUGUAACGUGUUCAAGGCCGCCUCCUCCACGUGGCUCUACAACUUCCUCCUGAUGGCCGGGAUCUCCCAGAAGGUCAUCAAGACGUCAGGGUCCUCUCCCGUGGAGGUGGCGCGCAGGAGGGCCUACCCGCGGCCGUCCGUCGAGGAGCUCGGGGCCGCCGUCGCUUCGGCCAACGCCACGGCCUUCCUCAUCGUCCGGGAGCCCUUCCGGCGCCUCCUGUCGGCCUUCAGGGACAAGAUCGAGUCCAACCGCCAGCCGUAUUAUCGACCGCUGCGGUGCCACAUCCAGACCAGGGUCGGCGGGAGGCCCCGGCGAGGCGUGGACUGCCAGCCGAGCUUCCCCGAGUUCGUGGAUUACCUGCUGGCGGAGCGGGCGAAGGGCAGCGCCCCCAACGAGCACUGGGCGCCCUACUACUCCUUCUGCUCGCCGUGCCAGCUGCCCCUCGACUACGUCCUGCGGUUCGAGAGUCUGCCGGAGGAGGAGGCUUUCCUGGUGGCGAAGGUCCCAGGACUCUCCACCAUAGUGCAUCCUCGCCGACUCCACUCCUCCCACACCGACUACGAGGCCGUCACUCAACACUACUUUUCCCAGCUGUCCAGAACGAAGCUGUUGGGUCUUUACGAGAUCUACAAGCGUGACUUUGAGAUCUUCGAUUACGACGCGACACCUUAUUUCGCCUACGCUAAGGAUUCGUAGAGAGGAGGAAGAGGAAGAGGAGAGUAAAUGAUAGGAAUAAAAGAUUUAAAUGAUAAAAGAAUAAAAGAAUAAUAGAUAAAGAGGAGAAUGGG